AAAUCUGCGCUGAAUCCACUGCGUAACGGCGUGUCAAAACCGAAAUAACCACGACUGCGAUGGAGUGCAUCGAAGCCUCUUCGUCCACAGUCGCGAGCUCGACCGACAGCCGAGCAAUGGACGUGUCCAUGACGCGUCCUCGAUGGAAGAAGGCGCUGUCGCUUGGCUCCACGGCCUCAUCGGCCGAUACAGACCGCUGUACCGACCUGGACGAGCUCGACUUGGAGGCAUUAGCAGCGGACGGGGUGUUGACUUUGAACCCCAAGACGGGAAUUUACUCUGGUUGGGUGCACGUUUCGACUUCUGGGCCUGGUAAAGUGGCGUUUGCCAAGCGGUUUUGCAGACUCGAGGAGCUUGUCUGCAAGUUUUACGUAUCCUCCGAAGAUGCGGAGCAAAGGGCUCAACCUGUUGGACGCCAUGUCAUUAUCUCUGUCCGACGGGUGCAUACGCAUAACAAGACGUUCGCGUUCACGGACUAUGAGGAUCGCACGGUGCUGUUGCAUACGUGUAUUGGUGCGGACUUUGAGCAUUGGUACGGGACUUUUGCGGCAAUUAUUAAGGCUACACAGGUCGCAAAGACCCACAACUCGUCGGCAACUCGUCGAACUACGGCAUUCACACCAACAGCGAGAGUAGGAAGGAACCACCGAGCAGCAGAGGAACGACUGCGAGCGCUGACUAUGCCAGAGUUGAACAGUCCAUUGAAUUCAACUGCUUCUGACAGACCGCAAGGACGAGAAUUGCCACCAAUCGCCGUGGAUGAAAACGAUCCGGAACGAACACACACAGUUUGGCUCUACAUCCAAGCCCCGUGGUGGCGGCAACUAUUGCGAAAGCGGAUACGACGGUAUUUCGUGUUCUCAGGAGCCAAUGUGAGCUGCUUCAGCGUCAACAAGGAAGGCAAACGCGCCACCUUUUCGCACACUAUCACGUCGUGCGUGUACAAUAGCGAGCAAGACGCAACUUCGAUCGAACUGGAGUAUGGCAACACGCACAGGAAGCUGCGCCUUUGUGGCACAAACGAUGGACGCAACGCAGUCGUGGCAACAGCAAAAUAUAUCCAAAACGCCCUAGAAUUAUCAACCUAAGUGCAAAUGUAACAUGGGAAAACCAACUUCCACUAUGUA